AUGAUCUUUACGGAAAUACUGUUCGGAUAUCUCCCGCAACACUUAGCAAGGUAUAGUCCUGCAAAUGCUUCGAGUGAGAACCAGUUCUUACUUUUAUAUUUAGAGAUCUAUGGCCAGCGUCAUGGAAAGAAGCCGAUUCCAAAAGACAAAGAGGUAUAUUUCUCUGGAAAUGACGGAAUCGCAGAUAUUAUCUCAUCCAACGACAUAGACCACGCUCGAAUCAGACGAGCACUAAGCCACGCCUUCUCGGAAGCGUCUCUUCGCGAACAAGAGCCUCUAAUGAACGUAUACUUUGACCUUCUCAUCCAGAAACUCUACGAGCAGAUCGACAGUCCCUCCAAUGCCAAAGUGAACAUCGUCUGCUUCUUCAACUUCACCACAUUCGAUUUAAUCGGCGAUCUAUGUUUUGCCGAAUCCACCAAUGCUCUCCGCACCCAAGAAUACAAUUCUUGGAUUGCUAACAUCUUCAAGGGUCUCAAGUUCGCACGUCUCUUCCGCUUGGCGCUGUUUCUGGGACUGCAGAAAGCGAGACAGAGACAUAUACAAUAUACGCAAUAUAAGACUGCGCGUCGUCUAGAUACUGUUACUGAUAUACGUGAUUUAAUGAGUCAUAUUCUUCGUCAUAAUGACGAGAAAGGAAUGACGAGAGCGGAGAGUGUGAAAUCUACUGGCACGCUUAUUAUAGCUGGGAGUGAAACCACAGCUACGCUACUUAGUGGUGCUCUUUUUCAUCUCCUGAAGAAUCCUUCGUGUACGGCAACUCUUGUCCAAGAGAUCCGUACAGCGUUUGAAGAAUCAGCCGAUAUGACAUUUGUAAAACUUGCUAAUCUGCGAUAUUUGAAUGCUUGUCUGCAAGAAGCUUUUCGUAUCUACCCGCCAGUUUCAGUUGGUGUCCACCAAUGGGGUGCCUAUCGCUCUGCUACCAAUUUCGCACUUCCAGAUCAAUUUCUACCAGAAAGAUGGCUCGAUGAUCCGCGUUUUGCGUCAGAUAAUCGUGGUGUCGUACAGCCUUUUUCCGUGGGACUUAGAAAUUGCUUGGGACAGCAUCAUGCAAUGGCAGAGAUGCGAGCCAUUCUCGCGCGUAGCUUGUGGCAUUUCGAUAUUGAUUUAUGUGAGGAGAGUCGCAGUUGGAAUGAGCAGAAAGUGUUCAUUUUGUGGGAGAAACCGGAUUUGAUGGUUACUGUGAAGGCGAGGGUUUGCUGA